GCGGAAGGAGAUUUGGCAAGUUCCGGGGCUAACCCCUUUGUGUCCGUGUUAACAACUUGCUCUUGCUCUUCGUUGGGCUACAUUCUAUCUUUACUUGCUUCUUUCCAUAACACGCUUUGUCCUGUGCACCACAUUUUCGGGCCUGUUAUGUUUGCGUAGAUUAGAAGGUGCCGAAGCAACACCCAUGUGACCUGGGCGCUUCAGUCAUUUGUUCCUCCAUUCGUCUAUCACAUUGGAUACGUGAUAAGGACAGUGGUGAACAUGUCAUCCAUAGGUCACAAGUGCAAGAGGAGCAUUGAAGAUACUCCCAUCAAUUUGAGCAAGAUGCGCCUGGCGCAAGUGGCUGUCGAAUCGCUCAAAGAAGAGUUGGAAGGCAUUCAAGAAACGGAAGGCGCGUUAGAGCGAGUAAUUACGGAACUUGAGGCCCUCGAGAAUAUCCUUCACAAUACAAAGAAGCCUGUGCUGGUUUCCCGUCUCCUCGCACAGAGGAAGGACACUGGGUUCGAAGAAGUAUGCAAAAAACUUUCGUUGGAGAUGAGCGAUAUCUACGCGCAUGUCAAUAUGGUGGUUCUCGAUGCUGUUCUCAGGACCCUGUGGACGAUCGCUGCAGAUGACCCCCACACUACGGACGAUGAAUCACCCAUGCUCGUUUCCGUUUUACCAGAGCUCAAGUUACCAAUGGAUGGGAUAAAAUUUGUUAGCCCGGCCACUGGGCGUGAAAUAUGGUUGACAGGAAGUGUUGACUACUGUGUCACGCGCUAUCCGAACCUCCGCCAGAACAAAGAACGCAUGCUUGCAUUGAGUUCUAUGACUCUCAAUACUAUUUUGCGGGUCACACUUAUGCAGGCACAUGAACAAAUAGUCCUCAUUGAAGCGAAGCGUGUUGAUGAGAAAGCUUUGCUAGACUAUAUUCCGGAGGCGGUGGGCCAGGCCAUGGCGUUGAGUCGGUUCCUCGGGCUUGAGGAAAUGCGCUUCGUACUGACAGAUGGCAUAUCAUGGGUUUUCUGUAUUCUCAGCAAGGACGAUAACCAGAUGAUCUUCUAUCAAUCUGUGCCUGUGGUUCUACCAAAGCAUGACACAACGCAAGCAGCUCCCCAAGUUUUACUGUUAUUGAGCGAAUGGGGUAAGCCCCUACCCCCCCCCAAAGUACAGGAUAUUCUGCUUGUUCGCUCAAGUGCCUCCUUUAGCUGCAUCCCUCUACCAAUGUAGGGCCUCUCUACGAUUUAGUACGUCC